GGACACUCAUCUAAAAUGGAGACAGGAAUGGAGAAUCUUCACAGCACUGGGGUCCACAUUGUACAGUACCUCCAGGAGAACUUUAUAAAGUCACAAGACUGGUUUGUUUUUGUCUCUUUUGCUGCUGAUCUUAAAAACACAUUCUUAGUUUUAUUUCCCAUCUGGUUCCACUUGAGCGAGUCAGUGGGCAUCAAGCUUGUCUGGGUGGCUGUUAUAGGGGAUUGGCUCAACCUUGUCUUCAAGUGGAUCCUUUUUGGACAGAGGCCAUACUGGUGGGUACAUGAAACAACAUUCUUCAUUAAUUCCUCAGCUCCCACCAUCCUUCAGUUCCCUGUGACAUGUGAGACUGGGCCAGGAAGCCCCUCAGGACAUGCCAUGGGUUCUUCUUCUGUCUACUAUGUGAUGGCUCAUGCUGUUCUUUCCAUUCUUCUUGAGAAUAAGACUUCCCUCAUGAGCCGGUUUCAGCGUUGGGCCUUGUGGCUGUUUUUCUGGAGCGUGCAGGUCAACGUCUGUCUGUCACGUGUAUUUGUGGCAGCACAUUUUCCCCAUCAAGUUAUUGCUGGUGUAUUUUCAGGCAUGCUGGUUGCUGAAAUGUUUAACCAUAUCCAAUGUAUCUACAAUGCCAGUUUCAAAAGAUACCUACAUGCAACACUUUUUCUCUUUUUCUUUGCCCUGGGGUUCUUUCUGCUUCUGAAAGUUUUUGGAGUAGACCUUCUGUGGACACUGGAGAAGGCCAAGAGAUGGUGUGCCCGGCCAGAGUGGAUCCACAUUGAUACUACUCCAUUUGCUGGCCUCCUUAGAAACCUGGGUGUCUUCUUUGGCCUGGGGCUGGCACUUGACACUCAAAUGUACAGGGACAGCUGUAGAGGGAAGAAAAGUGGGCAGUUCACCUUCCGCCUUUGUUGCAUUAUGAUUUCUCUGUUGGUUCUCCAUCUCUUCGACUCGCUGGAACUUCCUGCUGAUAAGGAGAUUCUCUUCUACUUUCUGUCUUUUUGCAGAAGUGUUGCUGUUUCCCUUGCUGUUGUGGCUGUCAUCCCGUACUGCAUAUCCCAUGCUCUCCAGUGGCAAAAAAAGAAAGUUACAUGAUCAGAAUUCAUUUGGAUGUGUGAUCUUAGGACAUUAACAAAUAUUAUAGGUAGUUAUUUUUCGGUUACAUAUUCAUGAAAUACUGAUGGA